AUGAGAUUUGGGUGCUUACGGGCACUCUCUUCAAGUGCUCUUUUCCUUUUAUUCAUUCUUCCAAACAUCUCGUCUUCUUAUGAAAUAUCAAUUAAUCAUGGAGAAGUGACGGAUUCUGAUCGACGAGUACUUCUGGAAAUAGCAAGAGCAGUGAAGAGAGUGAAGAGGAAUCCAUUUGCAAGAGACGAAAUUACGAGUUCAAGAUCGUCUUCGGAUUCAGAUUUAAGAGAAAAGGAAGAUGAUAAUGGAGAUAAUACAGGAGAUGAAGAGAGCGAAGGUGGUCAUGAGAAAACGGAACAUUUCCAAGGGUCCGCAAGCGAUUAUUGUGACAAAUUCGAGCAACAUUUCUCAUAUUUCUGUGUCGGAGAAACAGAUCAAACUGACAAGAAUGCAUACGUCAUCAAGAAGUUCUGUCCGAGUUACAAGAAUGCCUGCAAACAUAAAGCUGUCACAUCAUCCGUAUCUCUAACAUCGUGGCCAACUGAUCCAUUCGCCAAAGAAAUCAGUGUGGCCACUAGACCAGUCACGGUCGGAAGAACACCAUCUCAUUCCAGAAGACGUUACAGUGACGAGGAUUCAGAUUCAGAUUCAGCUGAAGAUGAGGAGAUUUAUUAUGCGGAAUUGAGGAAAAGAUAUCCAUGCAAACCAGAUUGUGAUCGAAGAAUUUUCGCUCAUUGCACAGAAGAAUGCAAGUGUGAUUACAUAUAUCCAGUUGUUCAAAGAUUCUGUAAUCCACCUCCAAUGCCAAUGUUUCUCAACACUUGCAGAUUAUGGUAUCAUGGAUGUCCCAAGUACGAACGGUACCAUUACUCCUCUCAAUUUGUCUAUUCGAAAGCAGAGAAAGGAAAAGUGUUGCCUGGAACACCAGAACAAAGUGCAGUCAACCCAUAUGGACUUCCUCAACCAGCUCCACUUCGCAGAAAUCGAGCUCUCGCAUUGGCUCCAAUUCGUCGUCAAAAGAGAGACGCAGUCGACGAUUCUGAAAAUAAUGAAGAUUUGGUGGUUCCACCUCCAGUUCCAGCAUCUGAAAUAGAUUCUACUCGAGUAGCAAAGUCUUCACCGAUAGAGACAGAAAGAGAAGAAGCUCCAUUGACAGCUCCACAAUCAAGAGCAAUUCUUCAAAACUAUCAUGAAUCAAUGAAAAGUGAGGAGAAGAAGAGAAGAUCAAGAAGAAAGAAACUGAGAAGAAGACGUCGUCAUCGACAGAGAUAUAGUUUUGAUAAGGAUUUUGAGACGAUUUCAACUACACAAAGACCUCCAACACCAAGAGAAUUAUGGAGGACUCUGAAACAACUAAAUUCUUUAACCUCUGGCCCUGGAGCUCUCGGAAUAAAAAGUUCGCCAGCAACACUGAAAGGAGGAAACGAAGCUCAAGGAGGUCUAGAUGGAUUAUUAGCUUCAGUGACUAAACCACAAACGGAACGAGAUGAAACAGCGAGACAAUGGGCGGCAGUUGCAACAAAUCCAAAGCAGCUGACAGAAGAUAUUGUACAUGCAGUUUCAACUGAACCGAAUGAUCAAACAGAAAAACAAAAUGGAGGAGAAAAGAAAAAAGGAGAGGAAGAGCCUGAUUUUAAUAAGAUAAAACCGCGGACAUUCUCAUCUUCUGCUGCCACGACGGCGAUAGUUGACGAGCAGCCAGAGCAGCCCGACGGCCCGAAGAAGGCGUCCAGUGGAAGGGCAAAAGCUCAUCAAGGAAAUAUUCCAAUUCUUCCAUCAGAUGCAGCAUUUGCAGCAAGAGGAGGAGGUGAUGACACAUUCCGUGCAUUUGAUGGACUAUCUGAUAGUCGUGGUCUCGUUCAUACACCUCGAAGUAGAUCUCCCUUCACAAAACCUGGUCUCUGGGAGCCCAAUCCGGCUGAUCCCCACUCUAGAGAUCCUGCUAAUAAGUAUUGGUAUCAUCCGGAAUCAGUUGGAGUUGAUUGGUUGAAUGGACAACUUCAAUGGGGUGGACAUUGGGCAGUACCGGCUGCUGGAGCAGGAGGAACUGCUGGAAUGAGUGCUGUACAUUUCCCGACAAUUGGAUCAUUCUUGAAUAUUCCGGAUGAUUACGAUUAA